AUGGCGCCGGGCAGCGCGCAGGGAGCCCCGGCCGCCGAGAGGAGCGGGCCCGGGAUGGAGGGCGGAGGCCCGGCGGCGCACAGCGUGUGCAUGGUGUCGGACUUCUUCUACCCCAACAUGGGGGGCGUGGAGAGCCACGUGUACCAGCUGUCACAGUGCCUCAUCGAGCGCGGCCACAAGGUCCUGGUGGUCACCCACGCCUACGGUCACCGCAAGGGCGUCCGCUACCUCACUAGCGGGCUGAAAGUCUACUACCUGCCCCUGAAGGUGAUGUACAACCAGUCCACGGCCACGACGCUCUUCCACAGCCUGCCCUUGCUCAGAUACAUCUUCGUGCGGGAGCGGGUGACCAUCGUGCACGCCCACAGCUCCUUCUCCGCCAUGGCCCACGACGCCCUGUUCCACGCCAAGACCAUGGGGCUGCGGACCGUGUUCACGGACCACUCCCUCUUUGGGUUCGCGGAUGUCAGCUCGGUGCUGACCAACAAGCUGCUGACGGUGUCCCUGUGUGACACCAACCACAUCAUCUGCGUCUCCUACACGAGUAAGGAGAACACGGUGUUGCGAGCAGCCUUGGACCCUCGAAUAGUCUCUGUCAUCCCCAACGCUGUCGAUCCCACGGACUUCACUCCAGACCCCUCGAGGAGGGAUGACAGCACGAUAACAAUUGUUGUUGUCAGCAGACUUGUUUACAGAAAAGGUAUUGAUUUGCUUAGUGGUAUAAUUCCUGAGCUCUGUCAGAAAUAUCCAGAGUUACAUUUCUUAGUCGGAGGAGAAGGACCAAAACGAAUCAUACUGGAAGAAGUCCGGGAGAGAUACCAGCUACAUGACAGGGUACGUCUUCUAGGAGGCUUGGAACACCAGGAUGUUAGGAAUGUCUUGGUCCAGGGGCACAUUUUUCUCAACACUUCCCUUACUGAGGCCUUUUGUAUGGCUAUUGUGGAGGCAGCAAGCUGUGGUUUACAGGUGGUGAGUACAAGAGUUGGUGGGAUUCCAGAGGUACUUCCAGAAAAUCUCAUCAUUUUGUGUGAGCCCUCUGUGAAGUCUUUGUGUGAUGGACUAGAAAAAGCUAUUGCCCAGCUCAGAUCAGGAACUCUGCCAUCUCCAGAAACUGUUCAUAAUGAAGUAAAGACAUUUUAUACGUGGAGGAAUGUAGCAGAGAGAACUGAGAAAGUGUAUGACAGAGUUGCAGAUGAGGUGGUUUUACCAAUGAAGGAGCGACUUGACAGACUAAUGACUCACUGUGGCCCAGUGACUGGGUGUAUUUUUGCUUUUUUUGCUGUUCUGAACUUCCUUCUCUUGGCAUUUCUGAGGUGGAUGACUCCAGAUUCCAUUAUUGAUGUUGCAGUAGAUGCUACAGGACCUAAGGGUGCAUGGACUAAACAGUAUAUUUUUGGGAAAAAAAGAAGAGUUAAAGAAGAACUUCCAAACUCUUAA